AUGUCAGAACGCGUCUUGCAGUUCUUAGAUUCGCCCACCGUGGCUGUGGGCAUGUCCACUACUGGCGCCACCACCGGCCACGACGUGCAGGGCCCUGUUCAAGUCGGCGACGAGGAGCUCCUGAACGUGGUGGUGCUAUGGCCGCUGGUGGGCGCAACGCGUUCACCUCCAUCCUCGCCUGUCUGGUGCGCUGCAGGCGUUCAAAAGGAUCGCGCAGGAGCGCCUUGUCUGGUCGACUUUCCCUGGAACGCUCCAUGUCCACGCAUGCCCAAGUACUGGGGCUCACUUUUGUCUCCUACGCUGAUGAACGCGGGUGCCGACUCGAAGUUAGUGUUUAUGAUGAUCUCCGUGUGUGGAGGUUGUUGGAGCCUGUGGUCGGCGCCCAACGGCGAUUUUGGACCCGUAGGCGUGGACAUCCACGCCAUGAGAAGAAGAUCGAGCACCUCCUACGCUGAGUGGCCGAAGUUCGGUGUUUGA